CGAAACGGUAUCAACGAAGCAGGUUUUGGGGGAAACGGUUCUUGAUCCCGUGGAAUCAAAAGCAGCCGAGCAAAUAAAUCGUCGUUACGCGAUCAAGAGAGGACAGAUUAGAAGAGAAGAGAGACGGGGGAGAAGGUGAUUGGGAAGAGAGGCAUCGUGAUUUUGGAUCCGGCGACCGAUCCGGGUGGCAGCCAAAGGAACUCUGGAAGGAAGAGAUGGAAGAUCUGGGAAUCGAGGCAAAGGAAGCCGCCGUCCGCGAGGUGGCCAAGAUCCUCCCUCUCCCCGAGCUCUUGGCCUCCAUCGCUUCCAUCAAAUCCGACUACCUCUCCCGGCAACAGGCAAAUGACGCGCAACUCAGCACAAUGGUAGCAGAGCAGGUUGAGCAGGCACAUAAGGGCAUUGAUGCACUGGCUUUGUCUCAGAAAACAAUAAACCAAAUCCGUGAAAAUUUUUUGUCCAUUGAAAGGUUGUGCCAUGAAUGUCAGACACUGAUUGAGAAUCAUGACAAGAUUAAGCUUCUCAGUAAUGCUAGAAACAACUUGAACAUGACUCUAAAGGAUGUUGGAGGGAUGAUGUCCAUUUCUGUUGAAGCAGCUGCAGCUCAUGAUUCUUUAAGUGAUGACAAAGAGCUUAUUCACACAUAUGAGAGAUUAACAGCACUGGAUGGUAAAAGGCGCUUUGCACUAGCAGCUGCAGCAUCUCACAAGGAAGAGGUUGGAAGGCUGAGAGAAUACUUUGAAGAUGUAGAUCGGACCUGGGAGACAUUUGAAAAAACAUUAUGGAGUCAUAUCUCCAAUUUCUUUAAUCUUGCUAAAGAAAGUCCACAGACGCUUGUGCGAGCUUUAAGGGUAAUUGAAAUGCAAGAAAUCAUAGAUCAGCAACUGGCUGAGGAGGCUGCUGAGGCUGAGGGUGUUGAUACUAUGGCAUCAAUCACGAAUCCACUUAGAUCUGCAAAAAAAGGUGCAACAACUGUUUCUCCCAAAAAAGCAGCACAGGAGAAGUUGAAAGGUCAGGGAAAAGGUUAUAAGGACAAGUGCUAUGAGCAUGUCAGGAAAGCUGUUGAGGCACGGUUCAACAAGUUGUUGACAGAGCUGAUUUUUGAAGAUUUAAAAGCUGCUCUAGAGGAAGCUAAAAUGAUUGGUGACGAGCUUGCUGAUAUAUAUGACUAUGUGGCUCCUUGCUUUCCACCAAGAUAUGAAAUUUUCCAGCUCAUGGUUAAUCUUUAUACUGAAAGAUUUAUACAAAUGCUUAGAUUGCUUAGUGACAGAGCAAAUACGUUGACAAAUUUGGAGAUCUUAAAGGUAACUGGUUGGGUUGUUGAGUAUCAAGAUAAUCUGAUUGGUCUUGGUGUUGAUGAAUCCCUAGCCCAAGUUUGCUCUGAAAGUGGUGCGAUGGAUCCUCUCAUGAAUGCAUACAUUGAAAGAACACAAGCAACAACCAAGAAAUGGUACACAAAUAUUCUUGAGGCGGAUAAGGUACAACCACCAAAGAAAACAGAAGAUGGUAGAUUGUACACACCAGCAGCUGUUGAUUUAUUCAGGAUACUGGGGGAGCAAGUGCAGGUUGUUCGGGAAAAUAGCACUGAUGUCAUGUUGUAUCGAACUGCUCUUGCAAUUAUUCAGGUUAUGCUUGAUUUUCAAGCAGCAGAAAGACAUAGGCUUGAGGAACCCGCUGCUGACAUUGGUCUAGAACCUAUAUGUGCCAUGAUCAACAACAACUUGCGGUGCCAUGAACUUUCAAUGGACUUAAGUAACAACAUACUGGAAGCUCUUCCACAGAACUAUGCUGAACAGGUCAAUUUUGAAGAUACUUGCAAAGGUUUCCUCGAUGUUGCCAAGGAAGCUAUCAUUCAGACUGUUCAUGUAAUUUUUGAAGAUCCAGGCGUGCAAGAGUUACUUGUCAAGCUUUACCAGAAAGAUUGGUAUGAAGGAAUGGUUACUGAGUAUUUGGUUGCAACAUUUGGUGAUUAUUUUGGAGAUAUCAAAGUUUACAUUGAAGACCGAUCAUUUAGAAGGUUUGUUGAAGCCUGCCUGGAGGAAACAAUUGUGGUUUAUGUUGAUCAUCUGCUUACACAGAAAAACUAUAUUAGGGAAGAGACUAUUGAGAGGAUGAGAUUAGAUGAAGAGGUACUCAUGGAUUUCUUUAGGGAGCACCUCAGUGUAACAAAAGUUGAGAACAGAGUCAGGAUUCUGAGCGAUCUUAGAGAGUUAGCUUCAGCUGAAAGCCUGGACAGUUUCACCCUUAUUUAUACAAACAUUCUUGAACAUCAAGCGGACUGCCCUCCUGAAGUUGUUGAAAAACUUGUUGCACUCAGGGAGGGCAUACCACGAAAAGAAGCCAAGGAGGUGGUGCAAGAGUGCAAAGAAAUAUACGAGCACUCGCUCGUGGAUGGCAACCCUCCAAAGACGGGCUUCGUCUUUGGUAAGGUGAAGUGCCUUGCAGCGCCUAAAGGCAUAUGGAGGAAGCUUGCGCAGUAGCCACUGCAGCAGCAAGGGAACCUUUAUAUUCGAUUUUGUAGAUAAUGGAUAAUUUGUUGGUUUACACACAUUCUUUAAUUUCAUCAUUCAUUACUCCA